CUCCGUAAAAAUCAACUUCUAAAUUCACCAUCUUCGCUUGAUCUAAACUGGGUCCGACCCCAAUAUCUAAAUUUAGAUCUUUGGGUCGGACCCUCUUCAGACUGUACUCUAAACCAACUGAAGUGGAACAUGGUUCAAUUGUUUUAUUUUAGCCAAUCAAAUCAUUUAAAUGAAUGUGCGAAAGCUCUAGCMAGUCAAGCAAGCUUYGCCAGUCAGAUGAAGGUUAUUUCGUAUUUCACUAUUGCCGUGUUAAUAGCUGAAUUGUAAGACUCUUUCGAUUACAUAAAUUUCGAAUCAAGUUUUAAACGAAUUUCUGUUAACAAUGAGUGGUCGGCAAAGAUAUCAAAAGAUAACAGACCAGCAACGAACUAUUUUAAUGCGUUUUUACAACAACGGCAUGACAAGUAAGGCUGCCGCUUAUCAAGAACAAGUUAAACGCGCAGCAGGAGAAUCCAAUCUUGACGAAGAAAGAGUAAAGAAAUGGAUAGGUAAUGAAACAUCCAAACGUAAAAGAGGGGCCAGUUGUAUACAGCUCGAACAGUCAUCGACAGGAAYGCCGGACGCGAGUACUCCACCACAACCACCCAAAAGAAAAGCUCCUAGCUUUAUAAAAKGCCCAAAUUGCUACAACGCAUUUUGUGCUGAAUUUUUWAAGUCUG